GGGGUUUGUAGCAAGUUCCUUCAACAUUGGAAAAAUUAUAGCUACAUAUGUUUCUAUAGUAUUCUAGUAAGUUCCUACACUGUCCCAGAGUCUCCGUGUGCAGUCAGCAAUGAACUAACUUCAGUACUUUCAUCAUCUCGAAGUUUCCGGAUUUUUCCGGAUUGAUACCGAGUCCGGCAUACUAUAUUUGGUAUGAUUGAUCAUGCUCGAUUCUCGAAAGCCAUCUUGGCAAGCAAGGAGUGGAACACAUGAAAUUAUAACAUCAGAAAGAACUGCUACUCUAGCAGACUACUUCGACUACAGGUUCUGGCUCAGGGCCAUGUCUGAUGAGCAGGGGGCAUGGCAUGGCAUCAUAACGGUCGUCAUGUGCAUAGUGCACAGCCUCCGGCUUGGAUGGGUCCUCCAGCCGAGGCAAAGUCUUGAGAAACCCUGGGGCUCCUCAAUAGCUUUUUCCCUCGAUUUCUGUCCGGUCCAGACGACUACUCCAACAUAUGGUUUAACCUUUCGUGGAAUCAGUGUCCACAUGGCCAGUGCCCGGUCCGACUCCUCGUCAGAAACGGACGCCACCAAAUUUCUGUUGGGCUCGGAGAUAUUCUUUGACAUCACGUAUUGUCCGGUUUUCCUCGGGCGUCGGGUGUUUGCGAGCAGGGGGAUUGGUCGACAGCUCGAGGGUCGAGUUAUGACGCUGCAGUAGCGCGGGUUAAUUUACUAGUGCAUCCGAUGGGGUGAUUGCCGUUAUUGAUGUGAUUGGCGUGGGACGUUAUGAGAUCAGUGCGUAUGGAGAACUUAACAUCCGUUAGGACGCCACCUCGGACAUGCAGGAAGGUAUGUUA